GUACUUGAAAAGUUUAGCUCUUCUUCUACUGAUCCGUCCCCAAAGCUUGGGAUAUGGGACAAGAUUCGUUUCUGUAUUCAUACACAAGCAGAUAUCUCUUUUGUCGGUGGCGGUGACCUUUGUGUUGUCUUGAAAGGGUUGCGCAAUCCAUACAAUCUUGAUGGAUUAGGUGCAGGUUUGGCAAACAUUUGGUCAAAUGGCGUAAUCGUACGCAUAGGAUCCAAUAAUUUAGAAAAAGAGGCUAUCCAAAUCACAAGUGGAGCGUUCAAGUUGAUAGUUCCU